AAAAAUAGUGCUGCUGCUGGUAUGCUUUUUCGGUGACGUAAUUAAUAAGAAAAAAUGGAAAAAGAAAGGAAGUUAUCCUCUCAGGUCUCAGCCUCAAUUGCGGGGAUGUCUGAUUCAGUGCUUUAUUAAAGCGGAGAUUUUUAUGUUGAAUUUUGAAUGAAGAAACUCGGGAAAGAGAUGGAUUGUCUUUCUUAGCUCAUAGUAAAAAUUGAAGAAUGGAUGGAGCAUCUAACAGAGGUAGUAGUGGUGUGGAUGUGAUUUUGCCAAAUUACAAGCUUGGUAAAACUCUUGGUAUUGGGUCUUUUGGCAAGGUGAAAAUUGCCGAGCAUGUAUUGACUGGACAUAAAGUUGCUAUCAAGAUUCUUAACUGUCGCAAGAUUCAGAAGAUGGAAAUGGAAGAAAAAGUUAGAAGAGAAAUCAAGAUUUUGAGAUUGUUUAUGCAUCCUCAUAUCAUACGACUUUAUGAGGUGAUUGAGACCUCGACUGACAUUUAUGUUGUUAUGGAAUAUGUUAAAUCGGGAGAACUCUUUGAUUACAUUGUUGAAAAGGGUGGGUUGCAGGAAGAUGAGGCACGUAAUUUUUUUCAACAGGUAUUGAUUGAAAUUAAUAUUAAUGGAUACCCUGUGCUAUUUGUAUCUUUCAAAAAAUAUGUUGCAGUUGAAUGAACUCUGUUUUGAGCUGAUUAUUUCUGGAGUUGAGUACUGCCACAGAAAUAUGGUGGUUCAUCGAGACCUUAAGCCUGAGAACUUGCUUCUAGAUUCUAAAUGUAAUGUGAAGAUUGCUGAUUUUGGCUUGAGCAAUGUAAUGCGAGAUGGUCAUUUUCUAAAAACAAGUUGUGGAAGUCCAAAUUAUGCUGCCCCAGAGGUUAUUUCUGGGAAGUUGUAUGCUGGACCUGAAGUCGAUGUCUGGAGCUGUGGUGUUAUAUUGUAUGCUCUUCUUUGUGGUACCCUUCCUUUUGAUGAUGAAAACAUUCCCAAUCUUUUCAAGAAAAUUAAGGGUGGGAUAUAUAUGCUUCCAAGCCAUUUAUCCCCUGGUGCUAGAGAUUUGAUCCCAAGAAUGCUUGUUGUUGACCCAAUGAAGAGGGUCACCAUUCCUGAGAUCCGUCAGCAUCCAUGGUUUCAAGCACAUCUUCCACGGUAUUUAGCUGUUCCACCACCAGACACAAUUCAACAAGCAAAAAAGAUUGAUGAGGAGAUACUUCAGGAGGUGGUUAAGAAGGGAUUUGACAGGAACCAACUCAUUGAAUCACUUUGUAACGGGAUACAAAAUGAGGCUACUGUUGCAUAUUACUUGUUAUUGGACAAUCGGUUCCGGGUUUCCAGUGGCUAUCUUGGAGCUGAGUUUCAAGAAACUGUGGAUAGUGGUUUGAACCAUAUGCAUCCAAGUGAACCACUGUCUCCAGCUCUUGGACACCGUAUGACAGGAUAUAUGGAUUAUCAAGGAUUGACACAGCUUGGUUUGAGAGGGCAGUCUCCAGUUGAGAGGAAAUGGGCUCUUGGACUGCAGUCUCGAGCACAUCCUCGUGAAAUUAUGACAGAAGUCCUCAAAGCUCUGCAAGAAUUGAAUGUGUGCUGGAAGAAGAUAGGGCACUACAACAUGAAGUGCAGGUGGAUUCCUGGCAUCCCUGGUCAUCUUGAAGGCAUGGUUAACAAUGCUGUGCACAGUAGUCAUUAUUUUGGUGAUGAAUCAAGCAUUAUUGAGAAUGAUGGGAUUAUUCAAUCACCAAAUGUCGUCAAGUUUGAGCUGCAGCUUUACAAAAGGGAGGAGAAGUGCCUGCUAGAUCUACAAAGGGUUCAAGGGCCACAAUUUGUGUUUUUAGAUCUUUGUGCCACAUUCCUUGCACAGCUCCGGGUCCUUUGAAAUAAGGGAGAGGUCUCUAUCCUUCCAAGAGGACCGUUUGCUGCCUUAAACUUGAAUUUCAGUGGUGCAUGUUCAUUGGGAUUCAUUCAUAUAUACCGGAUGGACAAUGAAGAAUGAACCCACCCAAGACCCAACUGAACCGACCCAGGUAAAGAAGUGGCGGAUUAAAAGGCAUUAAAAUGAAAAAUCACUUGAUGGGUAGGAGUGGUAAUUACUGGACGAGGUCUUUGGGCUUGAUGCCUUUAUCUAUCAUUUCAUUGAGGUCAGGCCCAUAACCAGUGGACCGUUAAAAUUGGGUGAAGCCCAGGAUAAGCUUAGUUUUGGUUAGGCUCAUUGCUGAAUAAUCAGUCAACCACCUGGCCUUUCGGGUCGUCUCCGACCAUAUUGACGUGCAUCUCCUCCCUCUUGGACAGGGUUCAGACCCGUCUCAUAACCCAUUAUUUCAAAAAAAUAAAUAAAUAAAUAAAUAAUCAGUCAACUU